AUGGUGGCUGCGCUCGAAGGAUUUGGGAGCAAGCCAACGACGGAGGAAGCAAGAUUGACAGAUUUCGUUAUGGGCAAGAAGGAAGUGCCGGAAGAAAAAAGAGAUAUUGGAGAGAGAAGAGAGAGUUGGGAAUCACCGAGUGGAGGCGUAAGAUAUUUUAUUUUCUUCAAGCGUGCAGUGGAUGAUACUGUGGAUAGCGAGGAGGUGGCUGGCCAAUCGGGCGCUCAGUCUUCGUUCUGUUCGUCGGCAUCCGUUGAGUGGUCUCCUAAGCCCACACCACGGACCAUGCUUCCGCUACCACCACCUCCGCCUCGUGUCGAGAAGCCCAUGGCGAAGCCUGCAGCCGUCGAGCCCACGACAACGUCUUCGGCACCUGGUGCUCUAGCUGCUGUCAAAGCGUACCGUCGAGCCUUGGGAUUAUGCUACAAGUGCAACGCCAAGUGGAGUAAGGAUCACCGGUGCGCACCAGAACUCUUGCAUGCGAUCGAAGCUCUUUGGGGAUCGCUGGACCCUGAUGUUGUGCCGGCUGCAGAAACAUCUAAUGAUCCACCAACUGAACAAGUGUUUUUGGCCAUCUCCAAGUCAGCCGUGUCUGGGGUAUCUGCUGCUCGUACUAUCCGGUUGUUGGGAUCGACGUCAGGUAUUCCAGUGCAUAUUUUGGUGGAUUCAGGGAGCUCCUCCUCAUUUAUCAGUAACACUACGACUGUUAAGUUACAUCACCUAGAUUCAGUCUCUAUUUCUAGUUGUGUGCAACUGGCUAGUGGAGGUGUAUUGCAGAGCUCCUUGCUGCUUCGCCAAGUUUAG